GUGAUAGCAACACGAAUAUUCCAGAAAGAAUGACCUACACCCACAAUGAGUCUCGUGGACUAUGAUAGCAAAGAGAGGGAUGGGGGUGGGGGAAGGACAUGAACAUGCUCCCCGCGGGCCCCUUUGUGCUGUUCCUGCCAACGCAGCAGCCCUCCUGCUAUAUAGACGGCCACACUGCGCCACGGACACACACACACUCGACCUCCCAGCCGCCUCCACCAGCCAUGGGCAAGAUCACCUUCUACGAGGACCGGGGCUUCCAGGGUCGCCACUACGAGUGCAGCAGCGACCACUCCAACCUGCAGCCCUACUUCAGCCGCUGCAACUCGGUGCGCGUGGACAGCGGCUGCUGGAUGCUCUAUGAGCAGCCCAACUACUCGGGCUGCCAGUACUUCCUGCGGCGGGGUGACUACCCCGACUACCAGCAGUGGAUGGGCCUCAGCGACUCCAUCCGCUCCUGCCGCCUCAUCCCCGACCAAGCUGGAUCUCACAGAAUCAGGAUCUACGAGAGGGAAGAUUACAGAGGCCAGAUGAUGGAGUUCACCGAGGACUGCCCGUCUCUCCAGGACCGCUUCCACUUCAAUGACAUCCACUCCCUCAAUGUGCUGGAGGGCUGCUGGAUCCUCUAUGAGAUGCCCAACUACCGGGGCCGCCAGUACCUGCUGAGGCCAGGGGAUUACAGGCGCUACCACGACUGGGGCGCCAUGAACGCCAGGGUGGGCUCUCUGCGGAGAGUCAUGGAUUUCUAUUAAAAUAUGUUGUCCUGCAUCGUUUCUCAAUCUGGAAGCUAAUAAAAUACUUUCUGUGUGUUCCUGGCACU